GAGGGGGCGGGCGCUGGAGAAAGUUUGUCUCUGUGGUUGGCUGCGCCGCGCGGCGCGGCCAGUCGGGGCGGGCGGGCGGCUCCGUGUGCUCGCAGGGCGGCGGGACGCGAGCUGUUGGCCGAAGAGCACGCUGCCGGCGGUCCUGCUCGCGCAGGAAGAGGCACCCGCGUAAUCCUGCCAGCAUGGGUCACCGCGGGCUCAAGGCGUCCUGCCUGCUUCUCUUCGUUCUCCUGCUGCUGCUCGCUGUCUGCAGAGGGCGUGUUGUGAGGGUUCCCAAAGGUCCUCUUAUUCGAGUGGUGGGAACGGAGGUGGAGAUCCCUUGCAGUGUUAGUGACUACGAUGGACCCAGUGAACAGAACUUUGACUGGGAAUUCUCCCAGGAGACUGACUUCGUAAGGAUAGUGAGUACCUGGGAUUCUACAUUCACCUCUGAGGAGUACCAAAACCGCGUAGGCUACGGGGAUAUCAAACUGAGACGGAGCAGCAAUGAUGCUGUGGAACUUGUGAUUAGAAACAUCCAGCCAACUGACCAAGGGAGAUACAAAUGCUCCACGCCCAGCACUGAUGCCACCGUUCAGGGAAAUUAUGAUGCAGAGGUCCAAGUGAAAGUGAUUUCCGAUGGCUUAUCCGUGAGUGGUUCAAAAGCACGUUCCUCAGUGUCUCUCAGGCUGUCUGAGGGUGACUCCUUCAAGCUGCGCUGCUCAGCAAUUACCACCUCACCAGAGCACACUCACCUGCAUAUGACUUGGCAGAGCAAAAAUGGAUCAACUUGGUGUGAUAUCCUGUCUUUGACUCAUGAGGGCAAAUUCCAGCCGGGCCCUGGCUACGAAGAGCGCUACCAAAAUGGAGAUAUUCGCUUGGACACGGGGGCAGAUGACACGUAUUGGUUGUCUGUGUCCCAGGCCUCGUCGGUGGAUGAGGGUGCCUACAGGUGUCUUGUGAGUGAGUGGGUAAGAGGGGCAGAUAGCUCAUGGCAGAAGAUCCAGGAGAAGAGUGUGGAGAUAGCAAAUGUGACAAUCCAGCGCACUGCUCUAGAUGUGGUCAUCUCAACAAGCAAUGUGUCUGUGACUGAAAGAGAUUCCCUGGAUCUUAUGUGCAGCAUCACAACAGACCGGAGUGGUAUUUUCCAAGCAGAGGUGAUGUGGUAUUUUUCUGCAUCACCUGAUGCUACCUUGUCAGAUGCUCAGGUUUUGCUGAGCAUGGACCAUGAUUCUGUUGUGAGUGAUUCAACUCUAAUCAGCCUGAGCCAUGUCGAUAGGAACUCCUAUCGCCUGUUGGUACGUGAUGUGGAUGUGGGAGACUCUGGCUACUACUUCUGCCAAGCAGCUGUUUGGGUGCCACUGCAUAACGGAAGUUGGCAUAAGGUGGUGGAGAGAACAUCUGCACCUGUCAGUGUGGUGGUGACAGUAUUAGGUGAGUGA